AUGGCGCUCGGCGUAGCACGGCUGCCCUGUGUUAGUGGCCCGGGCAAGAAAGCUCAGGGCUUCCUGGAAAAGCAGGGUUGGCAGAGUCCAUCCUUGCAGCCCCACCUUAAGCGUGACACUCCAGAACGCAUCCCUGGGACACAGCAGCCCCUCUUGGGAUACGGCAGCACGAUGGCCACUGCAACCUUAGCCUCCAUGGACAUGGGGCUUCUGCUGAGAGAUGAUGUUUUUGUCGACUUUUUCAACACAUUCCUGAACCUUCCUGUUUUUGGCCAGACACCCAUUUACAUCAGCAGCACAGGCCAGUGGGACCUCUGGCCAGAGCUGCCAAGCCACCUGGAUCCCAGCCCCCCGGCUUUGCUGGCUUGGCUGGAAAAGCACCGCCUGCCUCACUUCUGCAAAUCCAGCUUGUGCCUCCACCUCGUCCUCUGCCAGAAGCUGCUGGGUUUCAUUCGGUCGGGAGAAGCAGCAAAACUGCUCAACUGGCAAAGUGCAGACCAGUGGCUGCUGGAGAAGUGCAUCAGUGGGAGCCAGGGCAUGUGGCACUUUCGAGCCUUCAUCCAAGGAACGGCAGGUGAGGAGCUCACCAACUUCUGGCUCACCACUGAAAGGCUCCUGGGGCUUGACGAGUCAGAUGCAAGGCAGAGGGACCUCUACCUGUCCUUACUCCACAGACUGAAAGCCACUCACCUGCGUGAAGGCUCCAGCGUCGUCAUUCUCUGCAGGACCAUCAUUGGGUCACUGCUGAAAGCUGAGCAUGUUCAGCCCAGCAGCUCCAGGAGGGAAAUCCUAAGCAAGAUGCAGGAACGGGUCCUUUUCACAAUUCAGAGUUACUGGCUCCCUAAAUUCUUCAUCCACUGCAAGAUGAGCAUGGAGAAAGAGAAAUCAUGCCAGCCUCUGCUGCAGGAGUACCAGGAGCGUUUGUUGCAGGGCAACUCGCAGGAGGCUGCAGGCUUCUCAGAGGAUCUCUUCACGAUGCACAUUAAAAGAAGCCAGGGUUUGUCAGGACCCUACUGCAGCAAGAAGGCCAAAGCAGAGAUCUGGACUCUGGUCAAGGAGGGAAAAGACACCAAAGAAAGGAAGAUACCCACUUUUCAGGUGCAACCAGAAAGGCAGACAGGGCCAGCUGUGAGCACAAAGGAAUCACAACAGGACAAGAAUGCUUUGGGAUCGAGUCUUCAGCAGCCAGAGCACCCUGCAAACACUGCCUUUGGAGGCAAAGGAGGAGCAACCUCUGCCAACAGACCUAAACCCAAUCCAGAGCAGGUCCUUCAUCUGAAAGACCUCCACGAAGAGAGAAUCCUCUCUAACCUGCAUUGCUCUGCAUCCCUUGCCCAGCUACCAUCCCUGAAAAAGUCAGUGGAGAGCAUGAGUUUCCUUCCUUGGGCCCUUAGUGCUGACAGCUGUGCUGGACGGCCCUUCAGGGACUUCCUGAAGCGCCAGGACCGCUACCUGGAGACUCUUCUCUUGGACCUGUGGCAUGACCUGGAGGAGUUUCUACCCGUGGUGCUGGACCCCAGCAAAGAAAACAGUUUCUUCCUGAGGCAUUUGAUUGGGGAGAAGAUAUGCAAGACCUACCUGGAGGAGGGCACCAGUGGGCACCUUCCCUUGGAGACCAGGACUGUCAGGACCUUGUGGAGCUAUCUGAUGUAUGGAGAGUUCUCCCCCUGCAUAUUCAGAGCCCAGAAGGAGAUUUGCAAGGUGCUCUGCUGCUUCUAUGAGGAAUUUCUGGCUGCCGAUGACAGAACCUUCCUCCAGUUUAUGUCUCUACAGAGCAGCGUCCCAGCACCCGAGGAGCAAGGCCAUGCUCUUGGGAAAGACGAACAUUUCCUCCUGUUCCAGCGACUAAACGAGUCCUUGAGGCUGAGCCAGGCCUUGCACGGCACAAGGAGCUUGGAAGGUCUCUCCUCUGAGCACUGGCAAAUAAUGGCCACCCAGGACCUCCGCAGAGGCGGCUUCAUCCAGGCAGAGGUGGAACUUCUCCGCAGGGCAGGCAAGAGGAAGCUCUGAAUUUCUGCCAGGGCUCAGGCCGAUAAAGCACAUUUCCUGCAUCUGUGGUCACCACAGGCUUUGGUGUGUUGCUCCACUGAACCCCAGAAGAGAAAGACAACGACUGCUCCUGUGAGAAAACCAUCCCCUGUGCCAGUAAAGAAGCCAUCUAGAAGACCCAGGCACUUUGUGAAAGUGCUGCACAACUUUGCCCACCUGCAGUACUUCAGGCAGUACCUUGGGGAGCGCAAUGCAGAUAAACCACUGCAUUUCUGGAUGGCUGUGGAGAAGCUAAAUGCAGAGACCAACCCCGAGAGAAAGAGCUUGCUCAUCAACAGCAUCGUCAAAAACUAUUUCCAUGGUGAAAUCCCAGCUGAGGAGCUGCUGGACUGUGACUCUUCUAUCAUCAGUGACAUCCGUGAAGCCAAAACAGUCAGCCCCUUCAUGUUGAUGACAGCACAGGUCCUUGUCCAGAAAGCAAUGGAAAAAAGAUGGUUUAAAGAGUACCAGGACUUGUUCCCCCCAAGCAAGACACACAAGUCUAACCUUGACCUGCAGCAUAGGAUGGAGAAACUCUCGUCAGACAAGCUGCGGAGGGCCUGGAACACCGUUCGUGACCUCAUCAGGAGCCUCUGCAAGUUCCGCAGGGAGAUGAACAAUGCCCAAAGCCGCGUGGAGUUUGAGGACUUUCUACGGCAAGAACUAGGAAACAAGAAGGAAAAUUUACCCAUCAGCUCAAGGGUGAGCAGCAGCACCAUGCUCAAUUUCCAGUCCCACAAGGCCCGUGCCACCCCACCAGACAAAGAGGUGGUACUGGUGAGACGUCUCAUGUUUAACCACCAGCUUGUUACCAUCAACUUCCUCGUCGAUGACCUCCGCUUUUACCUGGAGAUGGACAAGUUUUCCAGUCUGGCUGACUCAGUUGAAGCUCAGGCAGCCCACAAGAUGCAAAAAGCAAAGCAAGUUGCCUUUCUCAAAAAGAAAGUUGCCAUCAUCAGCAAACUCUUCCUGAACUCUGACAUUCCCCCCAAACUGCGGGUAAACAUCCCUGAAGAAGAGAGAAAUUUCAUCUGGAGCUUAUCUUCCAAAGGGAUACUGAACCGUGUCCUCUACCACAGGGCCAAGGUCAUCAUCUUCCCCAUCCUGAUGCACUUCUGGAGAAGGUUCUGCUACUGGAAGGUGAUGAAGAGCUUUCGGGCAUCUGCAACAGAGAAGGAGCCAAGCUCUUUGCCCAGUACAACAGCCUCCUCCAAAACAUCUGACAUUUAUAGUCCAGACAAUCACACAGUCAUUGUCUUCACACUCCAGAAAGGGAUUCAGGUCCUGCUGCCAAACCCCCGGAAGAAAAUGGACCCUUCAAGGGAGAAAGAAGAUUAA